AUGACGGUGGACAGCAGCAUGAGCAGUGGGUACUGCAGCCUGGAAGAGGAGCUGGACGACUGCUUCUUCACCGCGAAGACCACCUUCUUCAGGAAUCUGCAGAGCAAACACCCUUCGAAGAGUGAAGAUGGCACCUACACAGGUUUCAUCAAAGUGCAUUUGAAACUGCUGCGGCCUGUGACGGUGCCUGCUGGGAUCCGGCCCCAGUCCAUCUACGACGCCAUGAAGGAAGUGAAUCUGGCGGCCACCACGGACAAGCGGACGUCCUUCUACCUGCCGCUCGAUGCCAUUAAGCAGCUACACAUCAGCAGCACCACCACAGUCAGUGAAGUCAUCCAGGGGCUACUCAAGAAGUUCAUGGUCGUGGACAAUCCCCAGAAGUUUGCACUUUUUAAGCAGAUACACAAGGACGGGCAAGUGCUCUUCCAGAAACUCUCCGUUACUGACUGCCCCCUCUACCUGCGCUUACUUGCCGGGCCCGACACCGAUGUCCUCAGCUUUGUGCUCAAGGAGAAUGAGACUGGAGAGGUGGAGUGGGAUGCCUUCUCCAUCCCCGAGCUCCAGAACUUCCUAACAAUCCUGGAGAAAGAGGAGCAGGACAAAAUCCAACAAGUGCAGAAGAAAUACGACAAGUUUAGGCAGAAACUGGAGGAGGCCUUAAGAGCAUCCCAGGGCAAACCCGGCUAACCGGUCCUGCUCCCUCUGCUCCCAGUGCCCACGGAUUUAUUUUUAUUAUUAAUUAUUAUUUUGCAACAGACACGUUUUCUCAGGACACCUCUGGUGGGUGCAUUUGAGCCCGCCCAGCCGUUCCAGAUGUGGCCCAGUCUCUGAUGGACAGGUGUGUACGCGGCUGGGUCCUGCCCGCCCCCACGCAGCACCCCUUCAGCACACUGCCAAGGAGCAGCACGCAUGUGAAAGAACAGCCAUUGUCCUCUCGCAGUCUGCACGCCUUUCACAAACCAAAUAGUUGCCUCUCUCUCGUCACCAGACUGGAACUGUUCACACCAGCUGGCAAAGAAAGAAAAAAGAGGCUUUUAUUCUUCAAUUUCCCUCUUAUUUGCCACCCGCAGUACCUUUAUUUAUGAGUCAAAAGUUAGAGCGUAUUCCUUUAGCAGGUCUCAGCUAAGCCCCUGAGAGCCGGAUCGUGCUCAUAAACGGAUUGUCCCCUACUGGCCCCGGAUGCCUAAGCCAGGAGCACCAGAGCUGAGGUUAGCUCAGAGAUUUCCAGAGAAGCUGCAGCCUGCCCUGACCCUGCUCUGAUCUCCCACGUGUGCACAUGUGAACCCAAAGGCGUCUACAUCUGUGUAUGUGUGGUGCUGAGCCACAUCUUUGUCACCAACUGUUUGUUUUUAAGUUACAAUUUUGAAUUUAAUAUUGCCAUUUUCCUCAUGUUUCCACUAAGGGGAAACUAGCUCUUUACCGUUUAAGAAGUCUCCUGCUGAGCACGGAAAUCAGGCAGUCAGAGAAAGCCAAAAAGUAUUGCAGAGAAAUGUGUCUAAGUGGUCUUCAGCCUUCCCCCAGCUAGAGAGCAGGGGAGGACCUGGCUGCCUCAGUUUCCCCUGGGCCUCCAGCACUGCCUCCUCCCACGGGGACUAUGGAAUCUCCAGGUGCUGCCAGAGGAGCUGCCUUGAUUACAGAGGGGGGAACAUCCAACUCAGUCAACGUGGAGUCCUUUGUGUUCCGCAGCACAGGCCAGCCUGGGGCACUGCACUCAGCGAGCAUGGGGCUGGCCUCCCCGCUGACCUCAGUGCCUUUUUGUUUUCAGAGAGACAGGAGCAGGGCGCAUUUGCUUAAAGCUCUGCUGCUGGUUUGCUUCUGCCAGCAAGGGGACCAUGGCAGUAUGGGAGACAAGGCCAGGAGAGCCCUCCCUCCAAGUAUGGGGCGAGGUCACAGCCCUUCUUCCUAUGACGGUCCUGGGCUUUGAUGCCUAGAAAUGAUGUCAAACCACAUUGACAGGGCGGAUCACAUUCCCAACUCUACAUUUGUACUAGAUCCUUGUUUAGGUCCAAGCUUAAAACGUAAACGAGCCAAACAACUCAAGCAAGUAGCCAGGACUGCAAAGACACUCCAGUGCAGAGGGAGGACUUGUCGCUUUCAAAGCAGGACCGGUUUCCAACCCACCUCUGAGAGAACAUUUCCUCGAUGUCCUCUGCCUUCCCAAGUCCCCUUUGGGUUGGUUCCAGCCCAAGCUUCCUUGUGUAACCUCAGAAGUUCCCUCGCUGGCCCUUGCUGAGUCCACACUGCCCCCGAUCCCAGAAGGAAUGCUGACCCCUGUCAUAGAAACUGUGCUAGUCUCCAGAGCUGCAAAAGCAAGACAGGCUAGCAGCUUGAAAGGAUUUUUGAACCACAAAAACUCUAGUGGCCAGCCAUCUCAUGCUCAGCCUUUAUCACUUCCCUCCCUUAAAGACUCUCUUGCCCUGCUGUAUAUUAAAGGGAGUGGGUGGAGAGUCCUUGAUCCUUCAUGCUGCAUGUCCUUUACAUGAAUAGAAGGCACGGCUCCCGCUGCGACCGCUGUGAAUGCUGCUGAGAACCUCCCUCUGACGGGGGUGGCUAUUUUAUUUUUGAGAAGGAAAAAGAAAAGUCAUGUACAUAUAUACCAUUAAGGCAGAUAGCUAUAUAUAAAGAGAUGAGGUGUUUAUGAAAUAAGAAAAUUAUGAGAAAAUUCAGACUGUAUCUAAAGCACAGUUAGACCCAGGACCUAGGCUGAGGUCCAUGCCUCCGAAAACAGUGUGGAUCAAGUUCCCUCCCAGAGGCGGGUGUGACUGCUGGCAGUGCCUUCUAUCGUCGUGUCAUCCAGUGUGUAAGUGUUCACUUGAGGAUAUUUUCUCUUUACAUGUCUUUCUUAUAUGGGUUUAAAAAAAAAAAGUAAUAAAAGCUUGUUGCAAAAAUGA